AUGAUGAUCUUCCCCAGCUGUCGGGCGUGGCGACCCUUCAGAGGCGGGAAACGGGUUGAAGCUGCUCGUGGCAUCGCACGCCGGCGAUCGUGUGGCGCGAUCCCCGAGGGCACUGGGCCGGUGCCGCCCACGCAUCCCGAAACGGAUGGCCGAGUGGCGCCCAUUUCCACCCCCGCGGCUCGCCUUCCCGUUGCGGCCGCCACCGCCGCGCUCGCCUCGACCCUGCUAGCAAUUGGCGCGCUGCAACCCCAAGCUGCCGCCGCCUUCCAGCUGCCCUCGCCGGCGGAGGUACUGCAGAGCGCCGCUGCCGUCACCGCGAGGUGGCGCGCCAACGCAGGCGCGUCGGGCUCUGCGACCGCCCCCAGCCUCACCCCGCCCGCUCAGCAGGCGCAAGACCGGCCUGCUGGCGAGGCCGGCUUGCAGCCGCCGCCAUUGGACACGACGCCAGCCCCUGUGCCGAGGCAGCUGAGUGGCGCGCGUGCGCCAGGAGUGCAGGCCAGCGACGGCGAGGGCCGCGGCGCAGGCUUUGAGCAGCAGCAGCAGGAGCAGCAGCAGGAGAAGGAGCAGCAGCAGAAGGAGCAGCAGCAGGUAAAGGAGCAGGAGGAGGCAGCGGCGCCCAUUGUAUUUGCCCCGAUGGAUGCGACGCUGGCGCCGACGACGCGGCUUAGGGAUCCAGGGGAGCCCGCAACCGCAGCGCAACCGGACGCUGGCGACGUGCGGGGCAGCGGCGGCGGCAGCGGCGCGGCUGCGGCGGCUGUUGAGGCUGCAGCCGGCAGCCUGCAGUUUCCUCCGAUGGACCCGGGGGUCGCGCUGCCGCCACCUGUUGAACUGCAGCAGCAGCAAGAUCCCCAACAGCAACAGCAGCAGCUGCUGCUGCAGCAGCAGCAAGGCUUGCAGGCGGGCAUCCAGCCGCUGCAGGGGGGCGCGCUGCUGCUGGACGAUGCUCGCAUCCAGGGCGUCUACGAACGCCUGCCGCAGCUGCCCGUCGACGCGCCCCCCCUGCCGCCCAUCCAGGCCCCCGACAUCAAACGGGUUACGCUGGCCAACGGCCUGCGGGUGCUCUUACUAAGGGAUGACGAGGUCCCGUUGGUCAGGGGCGGCCUGCUGCUGGCGGGCGGGCAGGCGGCCAGCCCUGGGGACCAGGUUGGUCUCGCCAGCAUCACCGCUGCCGUGCAGCGGUCUGGCGGCUCGCUGCAGCACCCUGGCCCCGCCCUGGACGACAGGCUAGAGGACCUGGCGGCUGCGAUUGAGGUUUCGGCAGGGCCCAGGGCUAUUACGCUCGAGUUCCAGGUGCGCCGCAUGCUGGACGGCGUCUCAAUGCCUGACCCUUUUCCGCCGCUCCUGCUGCAACUGCUGCUGCUGCUGCUGCUGCUGCUGCUGCUGCUGUGUGCGUCCGAGGAUGUCGGCGAGGUGCUUUCCCUGCUGUCCGAGGUUGCCAGGCAGCCGGCCUUCCCAGAGGCACGGCUCGACGUCACACGGAGCCAGGUUCUUGAGAACCUGUCCCAUCGCGACGAUGUGGGCUCCGCCGUGGCGCGCAGGGAGGUGCGGAAGCUGGUGCUGGGGGCCGACAGCCCCUGGGCGCGCACGCCCACCACAAAAGGCGUCGCGUCCAUCAGCCGGCAAGACCUGCAGGAGUUUUGGGCGGCGUGGGAGCGCCCCGACGCGGCCGUGCUGGGUAUCGUGGGCGACUUUAACCCCGCCACCCUGGAGGCGCAGAUUCGCGGCGCGUUUGGCGACUGGGCGCCCGCGCCGGGGCAGCCGCAGGCGCCCAGGACGGCGCCCGAGGGCCGCGCGUUGGUGUCGCAAGCGGCGGGGCUGGCGGAGCAGCAGCAGCAGCAGCAGCAGCAGCAGCAGCAGCAGCAGCAGCAGGAUCCGCAGGGGGCAGGGGCCGAGGCGGGGCUGGGCCUGCGGCGCGUGCUGGGCGCGGCUUCGUCCGCGCCGCCGCCGGCCGCCAAGCUGACGCGCGCGAAGCAGGAGAAGCUCAACAGCUUCGUCUUCAACUUUGCGACACCGUCGGCCCAGCUGCAGCGCGCAGCUGCGUACGAGCUGCUGGGCAUCCCGCAGGACUUCCUUUUCGCAUACAGGGCCGGCAUCGAAGGCGUCGCCGCCUCCGACGUGAUGCGCGCCGCCGCCGCCCACCUGCACCCGCAGCGCCAGGCGGCCGUUGUCGUCGCAGACGCAGCGACCGCGGCGCCGGCGCUCCGCGCGGCCGGGUUUGAGGUGCAGCGGCUGGCACUGCUGCAGGACUAA